ACAAAAAACACAAAAACGAGUUGUAAAUUAACUACAAAAUGCUUUUUGAAAACUGUUUUAAUGUUUGCAAACACGUAUGUUAUUUCAGUAACACUAAAAGCAUCAAGUAUAGCUGAUGCUUUCAAAGGUUUCUUAGUGGAGGCCAGACGAGCGGACCCUUCUCAAGAUACGGACGAAAUUAUCGGCCUCUUUACCCCGGUGCAGAAUAGCAAGGCCAUCUGUGGUGUCCAUCCGGUAUCCAAUGGUCUGACUCACGACAGUCCUCAGCAGAAACUCAGCCUCACUUUCAAGUGGACCGCACCGACUGACCCGGAUGCACCUAUCGUUUUCAGAGCAACAUUCGUUCAGUCUUUUCGAAAAUACUGGGUAGACAUCAGAUCGCCAGUUGUACAUCUCCAGAAACUCCUUACGACACCAACGACCUCACCUGCAACAACUGCGACAUCAUCAUCAACAACAACGACAACAGAAUCACCAACAACAACAACAUCAACAACAACAACGACAACAACAGAAUCACCGACAACAACAACAGAAAUACCGACAACAAAAACGACUACUACUACGACAACGACAACAUCAACAACAGAAAUAACAUCACCACCAACAACAGAGACAUUGACACCAACAACAGUCGCACCAACGACAACUAGAUCAACAACAACAACAGCAACAACAACAACACACCAACAGAAGUUCCGACAACAGAAGUUCCAACAACAACAGAAAUGUUGACAACAACAGAA